AAAAGAGUGUUCUGUUCUUUAGGUAACAAUAACAACUCUAUUGUGGACGUGCUUUUAUAAUAAUGGCGUUGUCAACAAUGAGAAGGAAGGUUUUGUUAUAGUAUUCACAGACUUUUAACAAAUUUUGUAGUUAUAUUUUAGUACCGGUAUAAUUUUAAAUGAAAAAAAAUGAACGGUCUAAGUUUAAGUGAAUUGUGUUGUUUGUUUUGUUGCCCACCUUGCCCAAGCAAAAUAUCAGCUAAACUAGCCUUUCUACCACCUGAGCCAACAUACGAAUUUGUGUCAGAUGAAAAUGGAAAAUACACUUUUGCUUUGACUGAACGGGCAGAAUGGCAAUUUUCGGAAAGAGAAAAAGAAAACAUUGAAGUCUUUUUCACUAGAACCAACCGAGGAAACCGAAUUGCUUGCUUAUUUGUUAGAUGCAGUAGCAAUGCAAGAUUUACAAUUUUAUUUUCACAUGGGAAUGCAGUGGAUUUGGGACAGAUGAGUAGUUUUUACUUGGGUCUAGGUUCACGUAUUAAUUGUAAUAUAUUUAGUUAUGACUAUUCGGGUUAUGGUGUAAGUGCAGGAAAACCUUCUGAAAAAAAUCUGUAUGCUGAUAUUGAUGCUGCUUGGCAAGCAUUAAGGACUAGAUAUGGUAUUAGCCCCGAAAACAUUAUUCUUUACGGCCAAAGUAUUGGUACUGUACCCACUGUUGAUUUAGCCGCAAGAUAUGAAGUUGGAGCUGUGAUAUUGCAUUCUCCUCUCAUGUCAGGAAUGAGAGUUGCCUUUCCUAAUACCAAAAGGACUUGGUUCUUCGAUGCCUUUCCCAGUAUUGACAAAGUUCCAAAAGUUAUGUCACCUACACUAAUCAUUCACGGGACUGAAGAUGAGGUUAUAGACUUUUCUCAUGGGCUCACAAUUUUUGAAAAAUGCCCUAAAGCCGUUGAGCCACUCUGGGUAGAGGGUGCAGGCCACAACGACGUAGAGCUGUAUUCAGUCUACUUAGACAGGCUUAGACAAUUUGUGAUGGUAGAGUUAGACGAUAACUGACAGUUGCUGGCUGGCGAAGACGUGACAUUUAGUUCAGGCACAUCUAGUUCCGUAGGCGAAAAACUACUUUAGCCAGUCGAUGCAGGAACGGCAAACGUCUCCAACUCACCAAAGCCGACUUCCUGCAAGAAUCUUAACUUUCCAUUACUGAUUUUUAAAAAGUGCUGCAGCGCGUCCGGGUCUCAACGUUCGGCUGCGCCUAACAACUGUAUAUUAAUUGAGACCACUUGCUAGCUCUUAAUCUGCAUUUUUUACUGUAUAUAUUGUUAAUCGUGAACUUUUUAUCAAAUGUGAAUAUUCAAAGACAAUCCGUCAAGUGAUGCAAUAUUAGACAAAUCUGUAUUACAUGAAAACUUUGGUUUUCUUCUCUAAGCCUAGUAUUAUUUCUUUUAAACCAAUUUAUUUAUUAAGUGAAUGUAGAUAUGCGUUUAAGCGUCUUAUUUUCUUGUCUAAUUCUAAAACUACAGGUGGUAAGAUUGCUGAAUUCACAGUUUUUUUCCUAACAAUAAAUUGUUUAAUUUGAAAUACAUAUGUAUAGACGUAUCCAAGCAAUUUAAAGAUAACACCCUGUCUCGUGGUACCACGCUGUACCUUGACCAGUCACCAUUCAUAGACGGUAUUUGGUGCCUAGUCAAAGACCGCAGGUGUAUUUGAUUUUUGCCGCCAUAAUUAUGCCAUAUAUAAAUGCAUAAUUAAAAAAAAACAUAUCUUUAUGAUGGGACUCGCAAACUUCAAAAUAUUUUAUAAAUUUAUUUCCCCAUCAAGUCAAAAUAUAUUUUGGGAAUAUCCAUAAACAACGUCCGUAGAAAAAUUAGACUUUUUAAUAUCUUCUCUCCCCUUCCUCAUAAAGCUUCGUUUACAG